CCCUCCCCCGCUUCAUUUGAAAGUGCGUAACGUUACUUAUACCCCUGCGAGUUUGCAGAGGCUUUGGCGAAAAAUUCCAAAUGUUCGUAAAAUUGCGCUAAAAAAAAAUACACAAUUGUAUGCAUAUGUAUAUAUGUUUAUGUGCAGGAUGCACGGCUGAGCUCUCGCGCGCACAUUAAAGUGCCACUCCCAGGGAAAUCACCCUACUGGCCUUCGUACCGCUUAAAAUGGCACUUUAGGAGAACUGCAAAGUGCGCGAAGAAGCAACAGUUUGCGCAUUUGGUUUUGGCCGACCCGUCCUCGUAAAAAUGCCACAAUGAUUUUUACGAGAGUAUUCUUGCUUCCGGUAUUCCUGGUGUGCAGCGUAUCUACCUUUGUCAAGCACAACCUUCCCGAUUGCAACUAUAUAUACACGAAGACACACCGGUUCAGGAAAAAAAGGAAAAAAAUCAACUACAGGCUGCGUAAGAGCAAAGAUGAUGACAUCGAGAGCUGCAUUCCGCACAUGUACAAGGACAUCGCGCCCUCCCUGAAGGGUCUAGUGGAUGAGGAGUACUCAUACAAACAACUGCUGAAUGCGUACUUCCCCGAAACGGUCGAAAGAGAAAUAGAAAAAAAAAAGGAAAAGGAAUUAAAGCAAAAGAAUGAAGAGAGGGGGACAUGUAAAAGUAGUGCGGAGAAGAAAGGAGUGAAGGAUGCUGAAAAGGACAUGGAAGAAAAGCUAAGACAAAAUGACAUAACAAAUUUUGAACAUAUAAGUAAAAUAAGUGAUCACAAGAAAAAAAAUAAAAUUUUGGAUAUCGCAUAUGAUAGUAUUGAAGAUUCCCUGAGAGAUAUUUACCUGCGCAUGAAGGCAGGUGUGGGCGACGAGGAAGAAGACAAAAAGGAUUACCUAGAAAUAGCAAAAAAGGAAAAGGACAUGUUGUACGAAAAGCUUAUAUGUGGGUAUUCCCCCCUGAAUAAUAGCAGUACGUUCGAUUUGUUCGGCGUUUUCUACGAUAGUAAGGACUAUGAGGACGGAAAAAAACUGUUGGCAGAGAUGAAUAAAAUGUUAAAUUUGGAGCCGCUUAAAAGCAACAAGGAGAACUUACUGCAAACGGUUGACGCGCUUUUAAAGAAGAACAAACUGCCCCCUCAUAUAAGAAAUUUUUUGGUCAAGUAUAGGCACCUUGCUCAGAAGGCUUCCGGCGCAGGGGAAGACAGAAGCACCACAGAUGUUCCUCCGGAAGGGGGAAAGGACGCACUGCGAGGUGAGAACGCCCACGAUACGCAGAGCGAACGGGAUGGUGCGCAGGCCCCAGGCGGGGAAAGCAAAAAUGAGGAGCGCCUCGAAUUGGGCGAUCCGGACAAAGCAGCUGAGACGGACAAAGCGACCGAGGCGGACAAAGAAGCCGAGACGGGAGAGGAAAUAAAAAAAGAAGACUUCCUCAAGGACGUUAACAAAGUUAUUAUGACUUUGCACAACAAUUUGAAUAACGAAAAAUUAAUGAGAAGGGACCAAUAUUUUGUGGACGAGCUGUACGAAGCUUAUAAAAAGCACCUGCGAAAUAUGCACGUAAAGCGAAACAAACUGGAACCGCAGAAAAACAACUACGACUUUUUAACCUUUUUCCAUGAGCAUUACGAAGAGUACUUUUUUUUUAAGUAUGGAAAUUUCGAUUACGAUUUUGAGGAAAGGGUGCAGAAAGUUAAGAGCAAGAUAGAGAGUGAAAAAGGUUUGACUAAGACUGAACACGCAGCUCAGUUGAGCCAACAUGGGGGGAGAGGACCCCUAGUGGAGAAUCACCACAUCGGAGGAGAUAAACGAACUGGUGUAGAUAUGUGGGUUAGAACUGUGGCUGACGGUACUCAGAGCAGGUACAACGAAGAGAAAGGGACAACGGAGGGAAGAGGGGAAAAUUCAAACGAGAAGUGUUCCAUCCUGAAAGGCAUAAAGGUAAAUAAAAAACUGAAAAAACAUAUACUUUUGGAUAUAAUGCAGAAUUACCAAAAAAGGAUGUACGAUAUUUAUAAACCAAAUAACAUAAUCACGAACGCAUACGGGUUUAAUAAUUACAUAGACAAUGAACAAUAUGAAAAAGAAAUUAACGCGUCAUUUAACAAGUACAGCAUAGUAAACUACGACAGUAAGGAUGACUUAAAUAAGGUGGAGAAAUUAUAUGUAGGGAAAUUAAUAUUUGGGAAAAUUUUUAAAAUCGAAAAAACGUAUGCAUAUGUUGAUAUAAAUUACGCAUUUUAUGCGGAAUUACACGAAGAUCAAAUGCCCUACAAUAUUAAAAAUAUAAAAGAUGUAUUUAAAGUGAAUGACAAAUUGAUUUUUGAAAUAUAUAAAAUGUACCCAGAGAAAAUUUUAUUGACUCUGAAAAAUAUACAGAAGGUUAAUGACCUUAAUAAAAUUUUACAUUACAAAACGCAAGACGUACCCUUCGAUGUGAAAGUUGUGACAGUUUUAAAAAAUGGAAUAAGCGUUUCGUAUAACGAUAUUUACGCUUUUAUCCACAUUUCUGCUUUGUCCAGUAAGUACAAAAGCAAAAUGGAAGAAAAUGAAAAAAUCCAGGAAUCGUUAGUUAACCAAAAAAUUAAAGUCAUAUGUACAGAUAUGAACAAAUUAAAUUUUUCCAAUUUAAUAUAUGAACAAAAUGAGCAACUAAAAAAAUUGAAUAUUUAUGAUAUUGUGCAUGUGGAAAUUAUACACAUUUCGAAAUACGGCCUCAUGGUAAAAUGCGACGAUAUAGUUGGACUGAUACACAUAUCCGAAAUUUCCAAAAAAAAAAUUGACGACUUGAAUGAGGUUUUCAAAAUAGGCGACCAAUUAAAAGGCGUUUUAAUAAACAUAGACUAUGACAACAAAAGAUUUUCCUUGUCGACCAAAAUUUUGGAAACGGAGGGCAGAAAUUUUAUUGACAACAGGGCCCAGAUAUAUGACAAUAUGGAAUACAUUUUGAAUGACAUUAAGAAGAGGAACACCUCCUUGCAAAUUAACGACUCCAAUAUUAAGAACCAGUUGCUUUCUCUCAUCGAUAUUUACAAAACGGAGGAGGGCGAUUCGAAGCAUGAUUCGAAGCGUGAUUCGAAUCGUGAUGGUCAGGUUUGCACCGCCCCCGCGGCGGGUGAGGAUGCCGACCGGGGCGAAAUAGACAGGGGUAAAACAGGAGGAGGUGAAACAGACGGAGUCGAAACAGACGGAGUCGAAACAGACGGAGGCGAAACAAACCGGGGUGAAACAAACCGGGGUAAAACAAACCGAGGCGAAACCGAUCGGAGCGAUACCCCUCGCAGCGAAGUGGUCACCAAACAGGCGAAUGGCCCGGGACAUGGUGCAGACAAACACGCCGCAGAAAAGGGUGACCCGGACCAACCGACCGCAUCCCCUUCCACGGAUCUAAGCAAAGAGAGAGAUCAACUAAAAGGUGCAGACAGGGAUAACAUAGAAACGGAAACGGAGCGCUUUAGUGACGACCCAGAUGAAGCGGAAGAUGAGAGAAAUGAACUUACCAUCGACAUAAACAACCAGUUAGUUCCCUACCUGAUGUUGAAGCAGGAUGAGAUCGCCAAGCAGGAGGAGGAGGAAAAUGUCUUGGGAAAACCCAGAGAAAUAAUUUGGAACCUGGAGGAUGAAGAAUUUCUAAAUUCCAACUCCCCAACGCAGAGUACCCAAUUUUUCGAAUAUCAGUGGUCAUACUUAAAGGACAAGAAAUGGGUGAACUUCGCCUAUUACGUGAACAGAAUUAUGAAUUACUAUUUUAACAUUAACGAUGACUUCUUUACGUACAAGGAGAAGAACGUGGUGUACGAAAUCGAUUUUGUGAAAAGUGUAAGAAUCGAUUUGGCCACAGGGCUUCAAAACAGGAUUAGAAAAAUCACCAAGUAGGGAAGCAGCCACGGCAACAGUUUAACAAAAAAAAAGCAAAAAAAAAAAAAAAAAAGAAUAUGUAAAAGUUAAGUGUUCAUUUUAAGGAGUUGCUGCAUUAUUGGGUGGAUGUGGUUCGUUUGAGACUGCUGACCAUGUGUAAAAAUUUCUUUUUUUUUUGGUUAAUAUUCUAUUUCUUCAUCCAAAUCGGAGUCCUCAUACUCGUUUUCGUCGUCAUAGUCUUCGUCAUCGUUGAAGUGGAUAUCCGGCUGCAAAAAGAAGUUAUGAUUUGUUUAAGCAUUUGUCGCUGUAGUUGCUGUUGUCGCCGCUUUUGGGGGUGUAUUUCGUGCACGC